GAAAGAAGGAAAAAAAAAGAAAAAGAAUCAUCCAUCAAAUAAAUAAAAAUCUGACUCCCUCUCUCUCUCCUUCACUUGCUGUCGUUGGAAGCAUUUCGGCGGAUGAGAAAGCUUUUCUUCCUCUCUCUAGCUUGGAGCGUGAUAAGGAUUCUAGGGUUUGGUGUUACAGAAUAAAAGAGCUUCACCAUUUGAUCUGUGAAUCUAGGAUUUUCUCGGCUUGGUUUAUUUUGAGCUCUGAAAUGGAGAGAGAUUUCAUGGGUUUGAGUUCAAAAGAGCCCCUGGCUGUUGUGAAAGAGGAGAUUAUUGAAGGAGGUAAAGACUCAGCAUUUACUAAAGGUUCGGGAAUACAGUGGCCCUUUUCAAACAAGAUCUCUGCACUUCCUCAUUUCAUGUCUUUUAAGACUGCGCAAGAAGACAAGUCCAAAAAGGUUGCAUCUGAUUCCCUUGUGACUUCUGGAUUUGACCCAAGUAACAAAUGCCCAGCUGGUGAAAUGCAGAAAGCAGUCAAUCCCGAUAGGCAAGGUGGAAGUUUUGCAGUGACAGCUUAUCCUGUGCAACAUGAUUCACAUUUAAUGAAUCAUCAUCCUCAUGAUGUCAAGAUGUUUCCAGUCUCAAACCAAACGAUUUCAGUUUCCAUGGGCAACCCCUUUUUCAAGACCCAUUUUGCUGCAGCUGGUCAGAACAUGGUUGGUGCUGCCCUGAAGCAACAAUUACUUGGAGGAAUUCCUGUUUCAGCUCCACAUGGAAUUCUGCCCUCUGCUGGUUCUUUUGCUGGAAUCACUGAACCAUGGAAUAAUUUUAAGACAUCUGGAUCUCCUACCCAAUUGACCAUCUUUUAUGCUGGUACAGUGAAUGUCUAUGAUGAUAUCUCGCCUGAGAAGGCUCAGGCUAUCAUGUUCUUGGCUGGGAAUGGGGCUUCCAUGGCUUCUAGAAUGGGGCAACCGAGAGCUCAAGUCCAGACACCUGCUUCAAAGCUGGCAGCAGGUGAUGGCGUCCUUGCAAACCAGCCCAUGAAUAUAUCACCUUGCUCUGGUCUCUCAAGCCCCAUAUCCGUUUCUUCACAUCCUGUUGCUCAGUCUGGGAGUGGAUCUACUAGCACCGAGGAAGUGUUGGCUGCUAAAACCACAGGGGUUUCUGCCACUCCUGUUACCAAAUUGGAUUCCCCUAAAAGACUCUCUGUUGCUGCAACACCUAUGAUGCCAUCAGCUGUUCCUCAAGCUCGCAAAGCAUCCUUGGCUCGGUUUUUGGAGAAGCGCAAGGAGAGGGUGAUGAGCACAGCGCCAUACAAUAUCAGCAAGAAAUCCCCUGAAUGUGCCACCCCAGGAUCUAAUGGCAUGAGUUACACAGCGAGUUCUGGUGCAGGUGCAAGUGCUGGUGCUGCUGCUCUUUCGGCUAACAAGGCGUAGCCAUAAUGUCUUGAGGCCAAAUUAGAACAACGAAUUUAUUGCAAAUUUCUGUAGUUAAAUUAUAGAAGUCGGAAAUUCCAAUUACUCCACUGUUUUGUUGUAAUCCGUAAUCCCUGCUUGUUUGACUCUAAAUCUUGACUAAUAUUUUCUUAAUAUUUUUUCUUACUUGAAUGUGGUGGUAGGAUCCUUCUCCACCACCAAUAUGAUACACUGUAUGAUGUGUACGCAUUCAACUUUUUAUUAAGUUGUGAAAAUAAUUGCUAGAUAAGUAUACUGUAUACUUUAGCCAUCCUGCAUACUUGCAGUUCUUAUUUUA